CAGUUUGUCGUGGUGUAUCUCAACAUGCCGGCAGAGCGGGUUAUCCCGCUGCGCGUCAUAUCCCGACAGGAGAUCGGGCCCGCGCGGCAGCCCCUUGUCCCCACAGGACAAGCCUCCGGGCUGUGCACUCUGCCGCCCCUCUCCCGCGCUGCGCCGGCCACCUCCAGGCUUGAGGGGAAGUCACGCUGUGUGGAGGCUGGCUCUGAGCUGAGGGCUUUCGCAAUUGCCAGUGAAAGAUCCUUUUCGUUCUUGACAAAGGUUGGCUCCCGGUACCAGAGAAAGGAGAAUACAGUAUUUUGGGUGGAGUGCUCAGCUUCCAGACUUCACUUUGUUCUUCACAACUUGGAGAGAUAUGAAGGCAAUUGGAAGAGCGCUUUGUGCUGCAGGAAUUGUAGCUGGGCUCGUAGCUUUCUUCUGGAAAGACCCUUUUAUCCCAGAGAGCUUGUCUGGUGCCCGUGUUCUCCUGACUGGAGCCAGUGCUGGGAUUGGAGAGCAGAUGGCGUAUCAUUAUGCCAGAUUUGGUGCUGAAAUUGUUUUGACUGCUAGGAGGGAAGCUGUGCUGCAGAAGGUGAUGGAGAAAUGCCUGACACUUGGAGCAAAGAAAAUAUUUUAUAUCCCUGCAGAUAUGUCUUCCCCUUCAGAACCUGAAAAGGUGGUUCAGUUUGCUGUCCAAAAGCUGGGGGGACUGGAUUAUCUGGUGUUGAAUCACAUUGGCACGACCCAUUUCCAGAUGUGGACUGGAGAUGUGGAAUACACCCGCUGGCUUAUGCAGGUGAAUUUCUUCAGUUAUGUGGCACUUACAACAGCAGCUCUUCCCAUCCUGGAGAAGAAUAGAGGCUCACUGGUGAUUGUUUCUUCCCUCACAGGGAAAAUACCCACUCCCUUCACCACUUCUUAUUCUGCCACCAAGUUUGCACUGGAUGGAUUCUUCAGUUCAUUGCGCCAUGAACUUAUUAUGCAGAAGAGAAAUGUCUCUAUCACACUGUGCAUCCUGGGUCUGAUUGAUACUGAUACAGCAUUACAGAAUACCAGGGGCAAAGUGCACAUAAGUGCUUCGCCUGCUCCUGAAGCUGCACUCGCCAUCAUCCAGGGAGGUGCUACAAGGGUGCAGGAGGUUUUCUAUCCAUGGUGGCUGCAGCAGGUGUGCUGCCUCUGGGUUUUGUUCCCCAGCAACCGGGGCCAGGUUUUAAGGAGUUACUAUAACUACAGCAGUCCUUAAGACAUGCCCAGUUUGUCUCCUCUCCCAUCCUAUAUCCCUUUUAACUACAUUCCCACCAUCCCACUAAGCCUCCUAUUGGUGUCAAGGAGGAGCAGGGCAGCACUGGUGGCAAAGUAACCUUAGUUCUUUUCCUAAGACGACUCUUGGUCUCCCUCUCAUCCUGCUUUAGCCCACAGUUCUAAUGUUGCUAAUCGUGAGUCAGAGAUCUUUCCCACUGUUCUCUCUGUCCUAGCCCUCCUCCCAUCUCCCCUCUUUCCACCUCAGCUGUCUGCUUUUACUGCAUCCAGCCUUCUCUCAGCCCUAGCUUUAACCUCUGUCUGCACAAUCCUGGGACAUCCUGCUCCACUGUGUCAUUGCUUUUUUGAUUCUGUGAAACAUUCUUGUUUUAUGUAAGUAGAAUUUUCAUCUCUAUUUUAAUUAAACCGUUUUUUAAUGUGUUGGUAUUAUAUGUUGAUACUUCUUCUGUGAAAGAAUACUGGUCACUUGGAUUCUGUGGGCAUAGGCCUGUUGGCAGACAUUUGC